GUUUUGUUUGAUUUGUUUUUAUAUAGGACUAAUACACGUUCAGACAAACAAGGAGCCAUCUUCUCGCGAUGUCAUAAAACUUGAAACAUAUGAGACUGCUGUUAAUAUUGAAAUCCAGAACCAUGCCGGACAGAGGAGAGAUCUUGUAUAUCCUGACAACGAGUCAACGGAUUUAAACACUGGAAUUACUGGGUUAUCUUCUUUCGCCAGGAGAAAACAUAAGCAUCAUUUUGAUCGGAGAAACAGCCUUUUGAGAAAAAAUAAUGAACGGGAAAACUUUAGAAUCAAUUUGAAAAGGAAACGUCAGAAUUUACAUUUGAAAACGAAAGAAGAGUUCAAUAAAAAAGAAAACCAAACAAAGCGUCAACCAAAAGGGUGUACUGGACCAAGACUUGUUCCAACAAAACCGUUCGUUGUUGUCUGGAACGUGCCCUCGAUUGGUUGUGAUAAACGGGGCAUCCAUUUUGAUUUUUCAGAUUUUGGAAUAACGGCGAAUCCCGGUGAUCAGUUUUUUGGAAAGGAAAAUGUUAUAUUUUAUAACAUUGGAAUUUUUCCUCGAAUAAAUAAAGAUGGAAGUUUGGUAAAUGGUGGUGUUCCACAACAAGGAGAUUUGGCUUCACAUUUAGCUAAAGUUGUAACUGACACCGCACGCUCAAUACCAGACGUAGGAUUUACUGGAGCUGGCGUUCUUGACUUCGAAUCAUGGCGUCCGAAAUGGGAAACAGAUUAUUCCGGAUUAAGAAUUUAUCAAGCCAAAUCAAUCAACUUAGUUAAACAACAACAUCCAACAUGGACAAAUAAUACUCAAAUUUUUGCAGAAGCAAUCAAACAAUUUGAAACGGGGGCCAAGGAAUUCAUGCUGGGUACUUUAGAUAAGGUUAGACAACUACGUCCAUCGGGAUAUUUUGGUUAUUAUGGUUAUCCCCGUUGUUGGGGAGUUCCUACAGCUGCUGAAAUAGUCUGUCCUGCUGCUGUUACUACACGAAUUAAUGACGAUUUGGGAUGGUUAUUUACUGGCAGUAGUGGUCUGUAUCCUAGGAUAUACUUCAACCCGGCGGUUAAUCAUACAAGCGUACAUAACGCCAUACGACGAAUCCUAAAUGAAACAGCAAGAGUACAGGCCAAAUUUUCUGGACUAAAUACACCUAUUCUACCGUACGCCAUAUUCCAGAGUGGAAAUCAUUUCUUUGAUCAGAGCGAUCUUGAUCUUGCUAUUAGGGAACCGGCUGAUAUGGGAGCGGCUGGGGUCGUGUUUUGGGGAAGCAGUGCUAUGUUCCAUUUGCACGAUGAGUGCCUAAACAUGCAGAAGUAUAUUAAAGACGUACUUGGUCCAUACGUAAAAUCAACCGAAACGUUUUUUGAACAGUGCAGUCAGAAAAACUGCAAUAGUAAUGGAAGGUGUGUCCGAAAGGACUACGAGGCGUUAGCACAACUUAACCUUAAGGAAAAUGGGACAGAUGACGAAUGUAGACGUAAUAUGAAUUCAAUAAACGAAGAACAGCAGAAAAACGAGUUUUCAGACGCUUAUAUAUGCAGAUGUUUUCAAGGUUGGAGCGGACCCAAUUGUUCAUCUUAAAGUUUGAUAUUAAAACUUAAAACUAAAUUCUUUACAUUUUUAAUUUAAAACAAAAUGAAAAACGUUUAUUUUAGAUUUUAAAGUCAAUAAAACAUUUGCUAAAAUCUAUCGGGGAUCGGCUUAUGUGUCCUUGGAAUUAUUCCUCGGCGAUUUUGCCAGAUGUACAGAGCUUGGGCAUACACGACGGAUACAAAUUAAUGUUGUUGAAUGUAUUUAUUGGAUUUUAUUAACAGUCAUAAACAAAUAAAAUAGA